AUGACGUCAAGCUCCGAUGAGGGUGAAAUUAGAGAAACGGUGUUGACCGUCAAGAUAGACAGCGGAAUAGACAUUCCUCGCCCGACCUCGAUACGACUUCCAGACACAGCAACUCGUCACGACGAAGCCGCUCGCCACCGCGAGGCUACAAGCGGUCGCGCGAUGAUAGGGAUCAGUUCCCUCCUGCCAGAGCCCGAGAUCAAGAUCCUCGCCAUGAUCGCGGCGCGUACGACGACUACAGGAGGGAUGGCCCCAAAAGAUCGCGCGUCGCUUAUGACGAUCUCGACCGCCCUGCGGCACGCAAUUCGAACCAAGGCUACGACUGGCGCAGUCGUAGGGACCGAGAGCGAGAUCGGAGUCGCGACCGGGAUCGAUACCACCGCGGCCGAGACCGAUAUUCUGAACGUCCGUCGCCUCGCCCUCGAAGCCCUUCCCCUCGCCAAUACCGUCGGGGAGACAAGCGAGCUGGUGAUCGAUUCGUCCGAGAGGGCUACUCUGACCGGCACGACUCACGGGAAUUGCGUUACGAUGACGCCGACGUCGGCGCUCGAGGCAACAAUUAUGCAGCUAGGAAAGCCUCCCUACUUCGAAGUGGGUGGAAUGCUUUCAUCUCUUGCAAUACAAACGCUAACACAAAAGAGCAGGGAUGUUCCAAUGCUGGAUGACUACGAGGAGCCUCAAGAAUUUGACGAGGAAGCAGAGAUCGAACGCCGCCGCAAGAGGCGCGAGGAGCUCAUGGCCAAAUCAAGCUCUGCAACGCCUCUCCUCCUUCACGCUGUCGGAGCUGCCACUUCCAAAGCUCAAGCAUUAUCGCCCGCCUCUUUUCAAUCCGACACACCGCAGGUAUCUCAGCGGUCAGAUAGCAAAUUGUCUCAGUCUCCGCGUUCAAACUUUGCCUCGCCCGGGUCGCCUCUAUCACACGAUGUCCCGUCUCCCGGAGCAAUGGAUCUCUUUGACGGCAAAGAUCUCGUAAACUCACACGCGGCAGCCAAAGCCGACGACGAAGACGGCCCCUCUGCUGCCGAUUACGACCCUACCGUCGACAUGAUGGAAGAUGGACGCAGAGAUGAACUGCGUCAUGGUCAAGUCGUCAUCCACGGCGAACCUGAGCCUGCGGCGGCGAUUGAGCAGAACCCUGCCAAUGAAGCGCCCAGCGCGCCGCCACAGAACCCAUCCGCAGGCGAAGGAGACGAGGAUGAUGACUUUGACAUGUUUGCAGAAGAUUUCGACGAGGAAAAGUACGCAAGCAAGGCCCAGGUCACUGAAACGGCAGCGCCCGACGAAGCAACAGAUGCAGCGGAAGCAGUUGAUAAGGGAGGCAUUCUCGAAGGCGAUGACAAGGACGGUUAUUACAAGAUCCGUAUUGGCGAAGUUCUCAACGGUCGUUACCAGGUCCAGGCCACGCUUGGCAGGGGUAUGUUCUCAGGAGUCGCACGCGCCGUUGACAUCACUACCAAACAGCUCGUCGCCAUCAAGAUGAUGCGGAACAACGAUGCCCUUCGCAAAGGAGGCUAUACGGAAAUUGCCAUUCUUCAGAAGCUCAAUGACGCUGACCCCGAAAACAAACGGCACAUUGUCAAGUUUGAGCGGUCCUUUGACCAUCGCGGCCAUCUUUGCAUGGCCUUUGAGAAUCUGAGCAUGAAUUUGCGCGAAGUCUUGCGUAAAUUCGGCAACAACGUAGGCAUCAACUUGAAAGCGACAAAGGCAUAUGCGUACCAGUGCUUUGUCGCGCUGGCUCACAUGCGCAAAUGCAGCAUCAUCCACGCUGAUUUGAAGCCUGACAAUAUCUUGGUCAGCGAGACUCGAAAUAUACUCAAGAUUUGCGAUCUGGGAACGGCAAUCGAUCGUUCUGAUGCUGCAACUGCGCAUACGGAAAUCACCCCCUACCUUGUGAGCCGCUUCUACAGAGCUCCGGAGAUCAUUCUAGGCAUGCCCUAUGACUACGGCGUAGACAUGUGGUCUAUAGGCUGCACCCUGUACGAGCUCUAUACGGGCAAGAUUCUCUUCACCGGAGACAGCAAUAAUCAGAUGCUCAAAACCAUCAUGGAGAUUCGUGGUCGAAUCACGCCGAAACUGUAUAAACGAGGUCAGCUAUCGGCUGCCCAUUUCGACGACCAGGGACAGUUUGUCAGCGUUGAGCGCGACAAGGUACUAGGCAAGACGGCACUACGAACCAUCAACAUUGUCAAGCCGACACGAGAUUUACGCACUCGACUCCUUGCUGCCUCGGGUGGUAUGAAUGACGCAGAAAGCAGAGAGCUCAACCACUUCAUCGACCUGUUGGAUCAUUGUCUGGCGCUGAAUCCGGACAAGAGGCUCAAGCCGGCGGACGCCCUCAAGCAUCCCUUCUUCGUCACUCGCUCUGGGGCACCGCGGCGGUAG